CUUCUGUCUGUAACUGUCCGGGGGAAAAGCUGUAGAGCAGGGUCUGUGUUGCGGGGCAGAGUCUGGAGGGGCAGGAUCACGCCCGGCACCAGCCCCGCCCAGCUACCCGAGGGCACUAGGAUAAAGUCAAAGCUGCUUACACCGGAGCUUUACGUGCUGGUGGACUCAGUCUCAGACAUCAACAUCAUGCCUAUGACACUGGGUUACUGGGAUAUCCGUGGGCUGGCUCACGCUAUUCGGCUACUCCUGGAAUACACAGACUCAAGCUAUGAGGAGAAGAGAUACACCAUGGGCGACGCUCCUGACUAUGACAGAAGCCAGUGGCUGAGUGAGAAAUUCAAACUGGGCCUGGACUUUCCCAAUCUGCCCUACUUAAUUGAUGGCUCACACAAGAUCACCCAGAGCAAUGCCAUCCUGCGCUAUAUUGCCCGCAAGCACAACCUGUGUGGGGAGACAGAAGAGGAGAAGAUUCGUGUGGACAUUUUGGAGAACCAGGCUAUGGAUGUCUCCAAUCAGCUGGCUAGAGUCUGUUAUAGCCCAGACUUUGAGAAACUGAAGGUGGAAUACUUGGAGCAGCUCCCUGGAAUGAUGAAGCUCUUCUCACAGUUCCUAGGGAAGCAGACAUGGUUUGUUGGUGAAAAGAUUACUUUUGUAGAUUUCCUUGCUUACGAUAUCCUGGACCUGCACCUUAUAUUCGAACCCACAUGCCUGGAUGCCUUCCCAAACCUGAAGGACUUCGUGGCCCGCUUGGAGGGGCUGAAGAAGAUCUCUGCUUACAUGAAGACCAGCCGAUUCCUCCGAACACCCUUAUAUACAAGGGUGGCCACGUGGGGCAAUAAGUAGGGCCUUGACUGGGCAGGAAGUGGGAACCUGGGGUUCUGGGAGAAGUUGAACUUCCUGUAGCCCUGGAGCUGCCUUCUAUCCACCCCUUCCGACUCCAGAGUGUCACAGGUCCUCUUUUCUUUCACCCAGUCCCUGUCCCUUCAAGCCAGCUAAAGCCUAGGCUCCUAGUUGUCCUUUAGCAAAGUGACCUUCUAGCAUGACUGUGUCCCGCACCCACUUGACAGUCUUGCCUGUCACUUGCUGUGCUGUUGUGAAGAGUUGGGACUUUCUAUCAGAGCUCAGCCUGGGGCUCCCCAUGCUUACCUGGAGACUAGUGAUGCCUGAUGUAUGUGUGAGGUCCCUGCACAGCUCUGUUGGCUCCCUCCUGUAAAACCUGAACCACACUGGCUCUGGCUGCUGCACUGCCAGCUUUUACAGCUGUUCCUAGUGCGUGCCUAGCAACCCUGGCAGAAGCUUGAGUUCACAGGGAUUUUAGUUGGAUAGGCAGGGGUGCGGGACUUCCUGGCCUCACCUGAUAGUUUCAUAGGAGGCAGCUGCAGAAGGCUCUGGAGCUCAAAGGGAGCUGAGAUCUCCUUGCUGGUGGGAGUGAGUCCCCAGCAGUAAGCCAGCAUCCUCUCUGCCGGACGUGCUAUGGCUAUGUGUCUCCAGGAUCCUAUUUCUGAUGCCUUCAGAGAAUUGUCUUGGUCACCAGGGAUGGGGACCAUUUUGGUUAAUCCCUUCUCUUUGUGAGCUCCCGUGAAAUAAAUUUCUUCAUGCUUUCAUAAUUU